AAACACUGUUCUAUCUGUUCUUUCUCUCAUUCUCAACAAUGUCCACUCCAGAGAAAGAGAGAGAAACUCAUGUUUACUUGACCAAACUCGCCGAACAAGCCGAGCGUUACGAAGAAAUGGUGGAGAGUAUGAAAAAAGUGGCGAAACUCAACUGCCAACUCACCGUGGAAGAGAGGAACCUACUUUCGGUGGGAUACAAGAACGUGAUCGGUGCACGGAGAGCUUCGUGGCGGAUCAUGUCUUCGAUCGAACAGAAAGAGGAAUCCAAAGGAAACGAAGAGAAUGUUAAGCUGAUCAAAGGGUACCGUCGAAAAGUAGAAGAAGAGCUUUCCAAUAUUUGCACUGACAUUUUGAGCAUCAUCGAUAAGCAUCUUAUCCCUUCUUCCUCCUCUGGUGAAGCCACUGUUUUUUACUACAAGAUGAAAGGUGAUUACUACCGGUAUGUUGCUGAGUUCAAGACAGAUCAAGAGAGGAAAGAAGCUGCUGAGCAGUCAUUGAAAGGUUAUGAGGCUGCUUCUGCUGCUGCAAACACUGAUCUUCCUUCAACUCAUCCGAUUCGUCUUGGCCUCGCCCUUAACUUCUCUGUGUUUUACUAUGAGAUAAUGAAUUCACCUGAGAGGGCAUGUCAUUUGGCUAAGCAAGCUUUUGAUGAAGCCAUUUCCGAGUUGGACACUUUGAGUGAGGAGUCAUAUAAGGAUAGCACCCUUAUUAUGCAGCUUCUAAGAGACAAUCUCACUCUCUGGACUUCUGAUUUGCCUGAAGAUGGAGGUGAAGACGGCGUAAAAGGUGAAGAUACUAUAUCCUCAGCAGCCAAAUCUGAGGCAAAAGCCGAGAAACAUUGAUGAAGAAAUUCUGGGGGCCUGAAUUGGGGGAGCAAAUUCAAUGUGUUUCCCGGUGCUCUUUGCCUAAAUUGGCUUCUUAUGAACCUUUCUUACAAGAGGAUUGGAUCAGCCAGUUUGGCCCAUUUUACAAUGCUAAACGAUCAUUUGCAGUACUACCAAAAACCAGAUGGUGAAAUUUGAUCAGUUGAUCCAAACCAUGUCUUAAAUUUCCACUUGUUUUCAUUUUUCCUCUACUUUUUGCUUUAAUUGAAUGUUCUCUAUCUAAUAUGAAGUUACUGGUUGAAAUUAUGGAU